UUUGACACCGCCCCUCCGCAGGGUGCAGCGCGGGGACUGUCGGGAGCAGCCAACUGUCGGUUAGGUCUGCUCGGUGUAAACAAAUCUCUACAACACCGCGAUGUACGGAGCACACGUUCAUCCUAACGAGCAGCCGCCGCCGCCGCUAACGUCCACCAUGUAGACCGACGCCUACGCUUCAAGAGUCCGGGGACGUUACGACGGUUGGUUGUUGACUGUAGCAUGGACUGUUAACGUUACAGGUAUUUUUAUGCUCCGGUUGUCACAAUGGUCGCCGGGUGAAUCGGUCGUCAAGCUAACGUUCACUAGCGGUUAGCAAACCGUAUGAAUCCGGCUGUUCCUGCAACCGACCAGCACUAGUUAGAUAUUAUUAUUUUUAUUGUUAUUUUUAUUAUUAUUAUUAUUAUUAUUAUUAUUAUUAUUAUUUUAGAGGUACGUGAACAUGGCAUCGCCCGCUGAGCACGACCUGGCUCUGUCUGAAGCGGACAACAGCAAGGAGAAAGCUCAGGUGUUUGGGAUUUUGAGGCUGCAGGAGGAGAAAUCUGUUGUUGUGGAUAAAGCUAGCAGUAGCAGCACCGUGAGAGGAGGAGGAGGAGGAGGAGGAGGUGGUGGAGACGGGCGAUGGCAGGCUCCUAUCUUCGCUCUGGCCAGGAAAGCAUCCGAGACCAUUUCAGGGAGCAUUCACGUCCUGCCCAAAGUGUCGGAGCACAGGACGUCUCUGCCCGGGGACUGGGCCGUCCAAGCCCUGCGAGACCCCAUGGCCAUGGAGCGAGCCAACCUGCUGAACAUGGCCAAGCUGAGUAUUAAAGGACUGAUCGAAUCAGCUCUGAGCUUUGGACGAACACUGGACUCUGACUACCCACCUCUCCAGCAGUUCUUUGUUGUCAUGGAGCACUGCCUCAAACAUGGCCUUAGAGUGAAGAAGUCCUUUCUGGGCUUUAACAAGUCUCUGUGGGGUCCUCUGGAGUUGGUGGAGAAACUGUGUCCUGAAGCAGCUGAGAUCUCAGCCUCUGUACGAGACCUGCCUGGACUUAAGACUCCAUUAGGCAGGGCCAGAGCUUGGUUGCGUCUGGCUCUCAUGCAGAAACGGCUGGCCGACUACCUACGACUCCUCAUCACCAGAAAAGACCUUCUCAGUGAUUUCUAUGAGAAUUCAGCACUGAUGCUGGAGGAGGAGGGAGCGGUGAUCGUGGGCCUGCUGGUGGGCCUGAACGUCAUCGAUGCUAACCUGUGUGUCAAAGGCGAGGACCUGGACUCCCAGGUUGGGGUUAUCGACUUCUCCAUGUACUUGAAGAAUGACAUUGAUGAUUACAGGAGUGAAGAGAGGAAUAGCCAGAUAGCCUCCAUCUUGGAUCAGAAGAACUAUGUAGAAGAACUGAACCGACAACUCAACUCUUCAGUUCAUGGUCUUCAGGGCAGAGUGGACUCACUAGAGAAGUCCAACUCUAAACUCAUAGAGGAGUUAGCCAUAGCCAAGAACAACAUCAUCAAACUGCAGGAAGAAAACCAGCAGCUGAGGAGUGAAAACAGCCUUAUUCUGCUGAAGGCACAACAACAGUUAGAGCUAACCCAAGGCGAUGUGACAGUGGAGAGAGAUACAUACAAACAGUCACGUCAGGGUUUGGAUGAGAUGUACAAUGAGGCUCGAAGGCAGCUGAAGGAGGAGUGUCAGCUCCGACAGGAUGUGGAGAAUGAGCUGGUAGUUCAGGUGUCGAUGAAACAGGAAAUGGAGCUGGCCAUGAAACUUCUUGAAAAAGAUAUUCAUGAAAAACAGGACACACUGAUCGGACUGAGACAUCAACUGGAUGAAGUCAAAGCCAUCAAUGUAGAAAUGUACCAGAAGAUGCAGUCAUCUGAUGACGAGAUGAAGAAAAAGAACAACAUGAUCAGUCGUCUGGAGGAGAAGACCAAUCAGAUCACUGCCACCAUGAAGCAGUUGGAGCAAAGAUUACAGGAGGCAGAGAGGCACCGCACCUCGGCCGAGGAGGGAACCAGACGCUUCAAGUUGGACUUUGCCAACAAGGCCGACAGCCUGCAGCGGCAGAUUGAGCACAGAGAAAAGCAACUCCAGCAGCUGGAGACGGACCUGAAGAUAGAGAGGGAGUGGAGGCAGACGUUACAAAACGAUCUAGAAAGGGAGAAAGAUACGGUGGCUCAGCUCAGCACGGAGGCACUGCAGAUCAACGGACUGAAAAAGGAGUUUCAUCGUCUCCAGGAUGAAAACUUUCAACUGAAGACCAUCUGUGAGGACCAAGAACAAGCUCUGGAGGAACUAGGCUCCAAACUAAGCGAAUCCAAAAUGAAGAUUGAGGACAUCAAAGAAGCCAACAAAGCUCUUCAGGGGGGUCAGGUUUGGUUGAAGGACAAGGACGCCAGCCACUGCAAGCUGUGUGAGAAGGAGUUCUCCAUCUCAAGACGAAAGCACCACUGUAGGAACUGUGGGGAGAUUUUCUGUAACAGCUGCUCUGACAAUGAGCUCCCUCUGCCUGCCUCACCAAAACCAGUCAGAGUCUGUGACACCUGCCACGCCCUCCUCCUCCAACGUUGCUCCUCCAAUCCAGCGUGAAGAAACGCCAAACUGCUGUCACGACUGCUUCAAACAAUCCCAAAUCAGACUCGUAAAUCCCCUGUAAGACUCAUCUCUUAACAUAUAUCAACAGUGUUUGCUGCUAGAAAUGGGCCACAUGCAUGAACAUUUAGCACAUUUGAUCUGUCUUAAUUUACACUAAAAAAAGUUGACCACAGACAAAAUGAGGGACAUCUGUGUCAUUAUGACACGUCUGUUUGAUGUCACUGCUUUCUUUGCAGAUACUCUGCAGUAUUAAACAUUCAAACGUCUUCUCUGUAAUCAGACACAGAGGAGGCAAUCAGUCCACUGCAACUUGGACCAAAAUGUCUUACGAACGAAAGAGUGAGAAUCCUUGAUCUGCUUUGAUACCAUAAACAAUCAUGACUGUGGGCAGUCAAAUGAUCUAUUCUAAAUAUACAUCAGUUAUACAGGUGAAGCCGUGUAUUUACAGUGAUACAUUGCCUACACAGUGUAGGUAUCAGUGACCUUGGUGGAAGAAUUCAUGCCUAGCGGAACUGUCUUCUGUUUGGCUCGAUCCAGGUGUUGCACUGGCCAGGCUUAGAGCAACAAACAGACUCCUAAAUGCACAACAGGUAUGAAUAUAUGCUGCUGUGUUUCCUGCACACACUGACGCUGAUCAUUAGGUCAGGUUUGGGUAAAUUCCCCUGUAGAGUUAGGUUAUGAAAGCAGGAACAACUUGACAAUGUACUGAAACUGCACUGUGAUGAGCACUGCUGCAGCUAAAUGCAGAUGUUUUUGUUUUUUUGUGAAGCAAACCUUAUGUAGUACUGAAUCAUUAUAAUGUAUGUAUCAAGCCUCAAACUGUAUACAGUAAGUGUAUAGCCAAACAGAUGAGAUUAUAUAAUUUAUAUAUACAGUAUGGUGGCCUUGUUACUGUUGUUGUUUUCUGACUCCAGAGCACCCUCGUUUGAGGUGGAGUGAAAGGAACACAAAGUCUAAGGCAGCAUUUACACAGGCACAAAAGAUCAAAUCAGCUGGACAGGUUAAACCCAACUUCUGACUGGAUAUAUUUCUGUUCAGUUGGCUGUGACGAGAUCAGAAUGUGUCAAAGUAAAACUGGUCUUAUUUUUUUCUGUCGCUGUUUGAAUUGUAGUCGUUUCACACGAGCAAGAACAUCCUCCUCAGAACGUCUGAUGUGCAAUGAGACAUUUUCUGCAAACUAAUUCCAGGAACAUUCACUGCUCCAAGCUAAUUUUGCUGUGCUGGCACUAUGACUAAACUAGUUCCCCAAGAGGCUGUGGCUUUCAAAGGAACUGAAAAAUACAUUUUUAAAAACAAUGUUGGUGCCAUUUGUGCCUGUGUAAUUGCAAUGAAUAUUACCUACUUGUGCUUCUCAUGUUGCCAAAAUGAGCCCUGUAUUUCUACAGAGAAAAGUUCUGUAGAGAAUCUAAAACAAAAUAUUUCAAAGUAGCAACACUAGCCUAUACUAGCCAAGCAAGCAGCCUAGAUUAAAGGCACAUUUCACUGAUUGUUGACACUUAUUCAGUGGAGGCUGCUGAAAGGACCAAUAAGAGCGACAACAUCUUUGGUGGCCGUCUGUCUAACUUGCUCUGAUGAACCACUGACGGCUAGCUGACAACAUGACCACUCCACUUACGAGUUAGUGGUUCAGAACAGACUUAAGUGUUACACACUUCUGACAACAUAGCCACAAAAUAUCUUUAAACACUUGCCAAUCCUAUAUUGCCUGUUAUUAAUUUGAAAUCAUUUAUAUUUAUUAAUUUUUACUUUCAGAAGUCCAGGGAACUUGUUUGAGCUUUCCCUUUGAAGUAAGUUGUAAUCUGUGCAGAUGUAGACGGUUACAGAAGAACCACAUUUUACUGCUGCUCCUUUCCUGAGAGGGAACAUUUGAAACUCUAAACCAUUUUUGUUUUGUUUUUUUUGUUUUUUUUUUAAAGGAAAAAACAAGAUUGAGGCGUGUUGUUUGUGUUGUCAAACUAGUGCUGAUGACUGUAAAGUACAGUCUUCAGUGACGGGUUACGAUACGAGUUCCUCUGCACAUUCUGGUUUUGUACUUGUAUACAUUGUUUACAACCUGUGAUUUUUCAAAAAAACUGGAAGUAUUCAUUCCCAUUAAAAAAAUAAAACAGGCCUGGGUUCAGUUCAAGAAGUGUUUUCCCCGUUUCAAAUAUUUAAAAACUCACAUAUCAAUUAUUUAGUACUCUAGGCAAAUGUUUCAGAAUUGCACCCUGGCCUGAACCAUUUUUGUACAGUGUUGCUCUUAUAAAUCUCCCUUCUUUCAAUGGGACUUGUAUAGUGUUGAUACCACAGUAUGUUGUAUAUACAUAAUGUUGAUAGUCAUUGGGGCUGUUGAGCUUACUAAAUCCUGCCAGUUUAAUAUUAACUCUAUUGCCAACAAUAUGUUGCCUUGACCGUGUAGCAGUUUCUGAUUAAAUACAUAGACAGAAA